AUGGCAAGCCAAGGGCCCCCACCGGGGCAAAACCCUUUCCAUUUGCAGCCCGGCCAGCAGCCAACCCCGGAACAGAUUGCUGCGAUGCAAAGACAGUUAGCUAUCGAUGCGGAAAAGCACGGAAUGACAGUCCCUCAAUUUGUCCAGAAACUAAAGGAACAAGCCAUGGCACAGCAGCAGGCUCAGCAACAAGCUGCCCAAGAAGGUCAAGCACAACAGCAGCAGCAACAACAAGGGCAGCCACAGCCCAUAACCCCAGGCCCUCCAAACCCCGCCGCCAUUGCGGUAGCAAAGUUCCUGAAAAGCCAAGAUUUGAAGACGAGAACAUGUAUCCUGAAUGUUAAGCGUGCCCUCCGCGCACUGAAAUCCCCAGCCUACGAGAAAGCCCGCAAGAAGAACGCCCUCCUCCCCGAAAUCACUGACCAAGCCUCGCUGGAAAACUGCUUCAAGCUGCUUCCGCUCUCGCUUCUCGCCCUCCGCGUCACUAAAAUUGAUCCCCACGAAGGCCAUGACCACGCCCCUGGAGCGCACAAGACUAAGCGUGUGAAAGGUCUCUGGACGGUCCGGAUCGAGCAACAGCAAGAAUGCCGCGAAGAUCUACAUUUUGUCUGGCUGUACGAGGGGGCGCAGAUCAAGCAGAAACUAUAUGCCGUCGGAGCCCUAGCUAUCAUCUUCGCGGUUGUGCUAUUCCCUCUCUGGCCAAUGAAGAUGCGUCUUGGUGUAUGGUAUUUGAGUAUGGGUAUGCUUGGCUUGAUUGGUCUGUUCUUCGCAAUGUCGAUUUUCAGACUCAUACUCUUUGGGAUUACCAUGUUCGCUGUCCCUCCUGGAUUAUGGCUGUAUCCAAAUCUAUUUGAGGAUGUGGGCUUCUUUGAUAGUUUUAGACCUCUUUGGGGCUGGCAAGAGGAGAAGAAGAAAAAGAAGAAGUCCAAGCAAUCUGGCUCUGCCAACGCAGGCGCUGCAAUGGCGGCAAUGACUGGACAACCAGCACCUGCAACAGCAACCACCUCAUCCGCAGCUCCUCAAAUGGCCACCUCAACGCCACAGCAAAGAAAUCUAUCUCCACGAGUGGAGGAGGUUUUUGACGAGGAUUAA